AUGCGUCACGGUAGUUGGACUGCAGCCGUGCUGUUCUACGGUGCCCUUCUUUGCCUCCUCUUCACGACCGCGACAACUGCAGUGGAGCUGGACACAAGCGCAACAGCCAAUGCUCCACUCCUGGAGCAAGUGAUGGCGCAGCCCUUUGCGGUUAGUGUCAUUUCCGACAGGUACGGCGUCUUUAACGCGACUCUUGACUUAAAAGGGUCGCUAAAUUUUCCUGAACGCAUUCACGGUGAACUGAUCCCGGUCGGGGAUCAGAGGCACGACCGAGAAGGGUCGGAGCAAAUUGCCCUGGAGCACUUCUCGCAGCAGCGCCAUCUGAUGGGCGAGAUGCCACCGCAGGGCUCAGUUGAUGCGCGCCCGUCCCUUCUGAGUAUCGACGUUCAGCUUGAGUUCUCCGGUGCAACCUCCGGGAUGCUGCGUGCGUGGACACUGCCAUUCAGCGCGAAGCUUCUCGAGAAGCGUCUGGCGGCAAUUGAAGAAGACGAAGUGCUGCCGACCGCCAAAGCCGCCUUUGCCUUCGGACAUGAAUCGAGGAGCUCAUUCAUCUCCGUGCUCAGUGACGUGCCACAAGUGGCGCGCGUUGCAACGGGAACGGUUACACUGGAGGAUGACGCAUCGGGCACCUUCACGCUUCGUUUCUUCUCUGAACAUGAGUUCUCCCUCACGUUGCUGCUGCUGCAAAAAGAUGGCAGUGUGGCUGACAGUAUUUGGAUGUACGGCUACGCUGCUCCCAACAGUGCGCUGCUGUCGCGCAAAGGCGUGAAUCAGCAGCCGUGGUGGCACAAGUACGUGUUGAUGGGAUUGGCUUUGCUUCUUCUUGUGAUGCAGGUCCUCAGCGGCUACCUUGAUGCAAAGAAGGCGAAGAAACAGCAACUGGAGCAACUCGUGACGGGCACUACGGCGGAGAAUAAAAAGACUAAUUGA